GGUCCCGCUCUAACGGGCUAUGAUGGGCUCCCUGCCGAAAUGAGUCCCUCAUUCCCGCGGCCGAGGCGCUAAGAAACGGAGGGACGGACGCGCGCCGGGCGAGCGCUUCACAGCUCCUCCUUUCGCGGCUGAGCAAAGUAACUCCGAUGGAGUAAGAAGAGUGCAGCCGCGAUCGCAGAAGCCACGAGCGCCGGGCUUCAGCUUUUGCCGCACGGAGGGGGCGGGGAGCAGGGAAAAAAAAAAAAAAAAAGAAGAGCACCGCCAGCAAAAGAAGAGAACUGUUGCCUUUCUCUUCUUUCUUUCUUUCCUUCCUUCCUUCGUUCCUUCCUUCCUUUCCCGACCAGGCAACAGGAGGCUCCGGGAAAGGCGAGAGGUUUCUUCGCGGCUCUGGGCAGAGACCGCCUGAGCAAGAGAGACUCCUGGUAUAAAGUUAUCCAAAGUCGCUAUGGCCCCGGAGGCUGGAGCCCUCGGCUUACUGGCGGCGAUCGUCUCCUUCGUCGCGCCCUCGGCUGCCUUCCUGGGAGCAGCUCGUGGCCAGUUCUCGGCAGGAGGUUGCACCUUUGAAGAUGGCCCGGGACCCUGUGAUUAUCAUCAGGACCCCUAUGAUGAUUUUGACUGGGUACAUGUUAGUGCUCAAGAGCCUCAUUACUUACCCCCUGAGAUGCCUCUUGGUUCCUACAUGAUAGUGGAUUCUUCACACCACAGCCACGGAGAAAAAGCUCGGCUUCAGCUUCCUACCAUGAAAGAGAAUGAUACCCACUGUAUCGAUUUCAGCUACCUUUUGUACAGUAAGAAAGGGACAAGCCCUGGGACUCUGAACAUCUUGGUUAGGGUGAACAAAGGUCCUCUGGCAAACCCCAUUUGGAAUGUGACUGGCUCCACUGGCAAAGACUGGCUACGGGCAGAGCUGGCUGUCAGCACCUUCUGGCCAAAUGAAUACCAGGUAAUAUUUGAGGCUGAAGUCUCAGAUGGAAGAAAUGGCUACAUUGCCAUUGAUGACAUCCAGGUUUUGAGCUACCCUUGUGAUAAAUCUCCUCAUUUCUUGAGGCUGGGGGAUGUAGAGGUCAAUGCAGGUCAGAAUGCAACAUUUCAGUGCAUUGCUACAGGAAGGGAUGCAGUGAAGAACAAGUUAUGGCUGCAGAGACGCAAUGGAGAAGAUAUUCCAGUGGCCCAAACAAAAAACAUAAAUCACAGACGUUUUGCUGCUACCUUUAAACUUCAGGAAGUAACAAAAACAGAUCAGGAUUUAUAUCGUUGUGUUACUCAGUCUGAGAGAGGAUCUGGAGUUUCCAACUUUGCUCAACUUAUUGUUCGAGAACCUCCUAGGCCAAUAGCUCCCCCACAGUUGCUUGGCGUUGGACCAACCUAUCUGCUCAUUCAGCUGAAUGCAAAUUCCAUUAUUGGGGAUGGACCUAUUAUCCUAAAAGAGGUGGAAUACCAUAUGACAACAGGGACUUGGACAGAAACGCAUGCUGUCAAUGCACCGACAUAUAAGCUGUGGCAUUUGGACCCAGACACAGAGUAUGAGAUUCGUGUUCUUCUAACAAGGCCUGGAGAAGGUGGCACAGGUCAGCCAGGCCCUCCACUGAUUACCCGAACCAAAUGUGCAGAGCCCAUGAGAACACCCAAGACUUUAAAAAUUGCCGAAAUCCAGGCACGUCGUAUUGCUGUGGAUUGGGAAUCCCUAGGUUACAACAUCACUCGCUGCCACACCUUCAAUGUUACCAUCUGCUACCAUUACUUCCGUGGCCAUAAUGAAAGCAAGGCUGACUGCUUGGACAUGGAUCCCAAAGCACCACAGCAUGUUGUGAAUCACCUGCCUCCUUACACAAAUGUGAGCCUCAAAAUGAUUUUGACAAACCCCGAAGGGCGGAAAGAGAGCGAGGAGACCAUUAUUCAGACGGACGAAGAUGUGCCUGGUCCCGUACCUACAAAAUCAUUAAAAGGAACUCCCUUUGAAGACAAGAUCUUCUUAAAUUGGAAAGAACCAAUGGACCCAAAUGGUAUCAUCACCCAAUAUGAGGUCAGUUACACUAGCAUACGAUCCUUUGAUCCUGCAGUUCCAGUGGCUGGGCCACCUCAAACAGUGUCAAAAUUAUGGAACAGUACACACCAUGUUUUCCCCUAUCUACAUCCUGGAACUACCUAUCAGUUUUAUAUAAGGGCCAGCACUGUCAAAGGUUUUGGACCGGCUACAGCCAUCAAUGUGACUACCAAUAUUUCAGCUCCCACAUUACCAGAUUAUGAAGGUAUUGAUGCCUUUCUCAAUGAAACAGCCACAACCAUAACUGUACUUCUGAGACCAGCACAAGCCAAAGGAGCGCCUAUCAGCGCCUAUCAGAUUGUUGUUGAAGAGCUGCAUCCUCAUCGAACCAAACGAGAAACCGGUGCAAUGGAUUGCUACCAGAUUCCUGUCACAUACCAAAAUGCCCUGAGCAAUGGCUCGCCCUAUUAUUUUGCUGCAGAAUUGCCUCCCGGCAAUCUUCCAGAAGCAGCAGCUUUCACAGUUGGUGACAAUAGAACUUAUCAAGGCUUCUGGAAUCCACCUUUGGUGCCUCGGAAAGGGUAUAAUAUCUAUUUUCAAGCCAUGAGCAGUGUUGAAAAGGAGACCAAAACUCAGUGUGUUCGAAUAGCUACUAAAGCAGCUGCAACAGAAGAACCAGAGGUUAUUCCUGACCCAGCCAAGCAGACUGACCGUGUAGUGAAAAUAGCGGGAAUAAGUGCUGGAAUCCUUGUCUUUAUUCUCAUCCUCCUCCUUGUCAUAUUAAUUGUCAAAAAAAGAUAUAUAACAUGGAGGAGAAACGUCUGCAUUAGAACCCUUAGGAGGAGCUACUAUUCUUACUCCUACUACCUUAAAUUGGCCAAGAAACGGAAGGAUGCCAUGGGAAACACUAGACAAGAAAUGACCCAUAUGGUGAAUGCCAUGGAUCGGAGUUAUGCUGAUCAAAGCACACUCCAUGCAGAAGAUCCACUUUCGGUCACCUUUAUGGAUUCUCAUAACUUCAACCCCAGAUUGCCCAAUGAUCCACUUGUGCCGACUGCUGUGUUAGAUGAAAACCACAGUGCAACAGCAGAGUCGAGUCGUCUAUUAGAUGUGCCUCGUUAUCUCUGCGAAGGAACGGAAUCCCCCUACCAAACUGGCCAACUGCAUCCUGCUAUCAGAGUAGCGGAUUUGCUGCAGCAUAUUAAUCUCAUGAAAACAUCUGACAGCUAUGGCUUUAAAGAAGAGUACGAGAGUUUCUUUGAAGGACAAUCAGCUUCUUGGGAUGUGGCCAAAAAGGAUCAAAACAGAACGAAGAAUAGAUAUGGGAACAUUAUAGCAUAUGAUCACUCCAGGGUGAUAUUACAACCUGUGGAAGAUGAUCCUUCUUCAGACUACAUUAAUGCUAAUUAUAUUGAUAUUUGGCUGUACAGGGAUGGAUACCAGAGACCAAGUCACUACAUUGCAACCCAAGGUCCAGUGCACGAGACAGUCUAUGAUUUCUGGAGAAUGAUAUGGCAAGAACAAUCAGCCUGCAUUGUUAUGGUUACAAAUUUAGUUGAAGUGGGUCGGGUUAAGUGCUACAAGUAUUGGCCUGAUGACACUGAAGUUUAUGGGGACUUCAAAGUUGCUUGUGUGGAAGUGGAACCCCUUGCAGAAUACGUUGUCAGGACGUUCACCCUUGAAAGGAGAGGUUACAAUGAAAUCCGUGAAGUUAAACAGUUCCAUUUUACCGGCUGGCCUGAUCAUGGAGUACCUUACAAUGCAACAGGCCUUCUUUCAUUUAUACGCCGUGUAAAGCAAUCUAACCCCCCAAGUGCCGGGCCUAUUGUUGUGCAUUGCAGGUGUGUAGAAAAGAGUGCUGGAGCUGGCCGAACUGGAUGCUAUAUUGUAAUUGACAUCAUGUUAGACAUGGCAGAAAGAGAAGGUGUUGUAGACAUCUACAACUGUGUCAAAGCCUUACGUUCACGCCGCAUCAACAUGGUACAGACAGAGGAACAGUAUAUCUUUAUUCAUGAUGCUAUCCUGGAAGCCUGCUUAUGCGGAGAAACUGCCAUCCCAGUCUGUGAAUUUAAAGCUGCCUAUUUUGACAUGAUUCGAAUAGACUCUCAGACAAACUCUUCACAUCUUAAAGAUGAAUUCCAGACCCUGAAUUCUGUGACUCCUCGGCUACAAGCCGAAGACUGCAGCAUAGCAUGCUUGCCAAGAAAUCAUGACAAAAACCGCUUUAUGGAUAUGCUGCCACCUGACAGAUGUCUGCCUUUCUUAAUUACUAUUGAUGGUGAGAGCAGCAAUUACAUCAAUGCUGCCCUUAUGGAUAGCUACAGACAACCUGCUGCUUUCAUUGUCACACAGCAUCCUCUGCCGAACACUGUGAAAGAUUUCUGGAGACUAGUCUACGAUUAUGGCUGUACCUCUCUUGUGAUGUUAAAUGAAGUUGAUUUAGCACAAGGUUGCCCACAAUAUUGGCCGGAGGAAGGAAUGCUGAGAUAUGGUCCUAUUCAGGUUGAGUGCAUGUCCUGCUCAAUGGAGUGUGAUGUAAUCAACAGAAUUUUCAGGAUAUGCAAUUUAACAAGGCCUCAGGAAGGUUACCUGAUGGUUCAGCAAUUCCAGUAUCUGAGUUGGGCACCUCAUAGGGAUGUCCCAGGCUCCAAGAGGUCAUUCUUAAACUUAAUUCUUCAAGUGGAAAAGUGGCAAGAAGAAUGCGAAGAAGGGGAAGGGAGGACCAUAAUUCAUUGUCUGAACGGCGGUGGACGAAGCGGGAUGUUUUGUGCCAUAGGCAUUGUAGUGGAAAUGGUUAAAAGGCAAAACGUCAUUGAUGUUUUCCAUGCAGUAAAAACUUUACGGAACAGUAAGCCUAACAUGGUAGAAACGCCGGAACAAUAUCGUUUCUGCUAUGAUGUCGCACUGGAGUACCUUGAAUCAUCUUAAUAUGAAAGGAUAAAUACAAUCAAGUGAACCAAAUAAUAUGAAAUUUAAUAAACUGUGUUUUGGCAUCCGCUGUUGAAUCUGUGAAGAAACGUUUUAGUGAAGGGGAGACUUAAUUUUUAAAUGCAAAAGUAUUUUUCUUAAUAAAUGGUGUAAAGUAUAUAUAUAUACAUAUAUAUAUGAGAGAGAGAGAGAGAGAGACUGUUGUUCUGUCCCUGUAGACAAACUGAAUAUAGUGCCACAAAAAUAAAUUAAGAGUCAAGGCAGAGCACAUCUGCUAUUCAAAGUAAAACUUUCCAGUGUUUGCAUAUUCCGCUGUCUCUCAGAUACAUUAGUCCUGUCAUCUCUUGCAUGUAUCUAUUCUAUUGAAUGUUUUAUUUCACAAUUGUUCUUAAUUUCAUACUGUUAAAAUUUUUUAAAAACACUGUGUACAGAUUGAUAAUCUGUAGGUUUUAUGUGCUGCAAGAAUAUAUAUCAAGAGAGUACAGCCACACAUCCCACAAACAUUUUUUUAAAAAAUGACUUAUUUUACUGUGCAAUGACAGUCUGAUCAAAGUUCUUUAUAAAGAAAUUCAAACAUAAAGCCAAAGACUCAAGUGUAAAUAUGUUUAUAUAGGAAAGAAAGCACAUUGUAUUUAUUGUUUACUGACAUUCCUUUUUGAUGGUUGGACAGAACCAUUUUUUUUUCUUAGAAACAUUGUUGCUGAAAUCAAGUGUAAAUGAUUUUUUGUAGAUUAUUUUUUGUAUGUAUUGUGUAAGUAGAAGGAGAGAGAAUGAAAAGAUCUUUUAUGGAUAAGCCAGAAAACAUUGAUAUACUUUUUUGGUCGGUGUGUGUACACGCUUAUGAAUGAAAUUCAUGUAUUGUAAACAAGAAAAAGAAACCAAACAUAAAACUUCUUUCUCAAACUAUAUAGAGGUGGGUUGUUUUUUUGUUUUUGUUUUUUUCAGUUUAUAGUAAUAACAAAUCAGAUAGAAACUGCACAUAUAUAUAACUUUGGGAGUUUCGUUAAUUUUUUUAAGGAGUAAGUGGGUUAAUAAUGAAUGCUUGACACACAGAGCAAAUACGAAAAUAAAUAAAAAUGCAAGUUAAUAACAUUUAUUUUAAUGUUUACAGUUGAGGCACAAGUUCUAGGCCACCACACUAAUGCAUUCUUCCCUUCUGCAAUGCUGAAGGAAUCUUCUGAUCCUCAUUUGUGACUUCCCGGCUGAGCCAAGAAAUCAGCUUUGGUCCAAGGCUUCAAAGAAGCUCCAGCUUUUCUCCCAGUGGUAGUCUAGAUUUGUGGAAAUGGUAGCUUUGUGUUCUGACAAAGCCAAAAUGGAUUGAAUCAAUUCAAGAGUUAGGUGAUAGCUUUGGUAUGUUUUUUACUUUGCUCUUCAUAUGCACAUUCAUAAGCCUGGACAUAUUUUCAUAAUGGGGAAAAAAAAACAUUUACUGUGUCCUGUUGAUUUUUUUUAUCAAGAGUAAAUGAUAAGGUGCUGAUGAAUAUUCAUGUAAAAUAAGAGUGAAUUAAAGAAGUUUUAUAAAAUAUUAA